AUGUAUGGGAAUAAUAAUUAUCAUGAUAAGCCGAGAAGGAUACCUUCAACAAUAACAACUGAUAAAAUCAAUUAUGUACAAAAAUCUCGAAAUGAAAGUGAAACUAUUAAAUGUGCGGAAAAGGUACACAGCGCAACGGAUCAUUCAAAUGUUUCAUUUUCAUUUUCAUCGUUUGGUUAUGCUGAACCUAUAGCGCAAAAUUUUACAAUUGAUACAUCACGCGCAAAAACAAACAAACAUAUUGUUUCUCUUUGCGCCACAGAAUUGGGUAUGCAAGAGUAUCCAGAAGGACGAGAAGAUGGUGAUACAUGUGAUAUUUAUUGGCAUAAUAGCAUACAACAUGAUAUACGAUCUAUUAUCAAAAAUCCUCAAUCUAAAAUUAAUAAAUUUCCAGGAAUGUCAGAUUUAUCUAAAAAAAUUUCUCUAACACGAGCAAUUUCCUCAAUGCGUCGAUUAUUUCCGGAUGAAUACGCGUUUUAUCCUUCAAGUUGGUUUAUUCCGGCACAACUUGAUGCAUUCAUGAAGUACUGCAAUAAAUGUGCAAAAUCGGAGGAUAAUUUAACAUCAUUCCAGAAUAACAACUGGUAUAUUGUUAAACCGGAUGAUGGAGCUCAAGGGACAGGAAUUUAUCUGAUUCAAAAACCGGAACAAAUACGGAAACCUAAAGCAUGUCAACUUAUUCAGGAAUAUAUUGUAGAUCCUUACCUGUUGAGCGACAAUCUGAAAUUUGAUUUUCGUGUGUAUGCUGUUAUUAAAAGUAUCAAUCCAUUGUCAAUUUAUGUUGCUCGUGAAGGUAUGGCACGAUUUUGUACAGAAGAAUAUGCCAUGCCAACAUCAUCAAAUUUUGGCAAUUUAUAUGCUCAUUUGACGAAUUAUUCAUUAAAUAAGGAGAAUAAUGCUUACAUUCAUAGUUUAUCAUUGCGAGAUCAGAUCAGAGGAAGUAAACGAUUACUAUCAACUGUUUUUCAUCAAAUGGAAGUAAAAGGUGUUAAAAAGCAACAAUUAUGGCAUGAUAUUAAAAUAAUAAUUGUUAAAACGGUAAUUGCAAUGCUACCUGAAAUUAUUCUCAAUUAUGAACAUUAUUUUUAUGAUACAAUAGGUCCGGAAUGUUUUCAGAUAAUAGGUUUUGAUAUAUUAAUUACAAAAAAUUUAAUACCAGUAUUGCUUGAAGUAAAUUCAGCACCAAGUUUAACAAUUGAACAUGAUAUUUUAAAUCCAUUUGAUAAUAAUAAGGAAAAUAUUGGUCCGUUACGGGUACGUUCUAUUGUGGAUGAAGUGAUUAAAAUUCCGCUGGUAAGAGAUACAAUUCUUUUAGUUCUCAAUUUAAUCGACAAUGUUUAUCCGAAUCAUUCGUUAGCUAAUUCAACAAAUUCAAAUAAUAACUCAUCUCGGAGAGCAAUGGAUGAUAUGAAACUUGCAGCAAAACGAAAAUGUCAUCUAAUAGAGAUUUUUCCAUGUCGCUAUGGUCAAAGCAAUGGACAUUUGCUAUUUUUAGACAAAGCUGUAUAUUUAUUUAUGCAAUUUGUAAAUUUAAAACAGACAACGGUUUUGAUGAUUUCUGGUGCUCGAAUUUUUUUAAAAAAAUGCAGUUUACUAGAUGUAAUAACAGUGAAGGAAAUGGAAUUAAAAUUUAUGGAAAUUUACAAAUAUUUUACAAUAAAUGAAUAUAUUCCACAUGUUUCCGGUUUAUCAUUUCAUGGCUUUCUCUAUCUAUUUUAUUACAUUGCUCAAUUGAAAUUUCCAUUUUUCCUAUAUCUGUCAGAACAAGUGCAUCAUUUACUUGAAUAUUGUGACUCAUCUCUGAGAAGUAAUGGCGUAAGAUCGGCACGAUUGCGACGUGUUCAAAUCAAUCAUGAAAACUGUCGAAAUGUUGAAAUUUACUUGCUACCAUCACGAAUACAUACAAAACGAAUAAGUCGUCCUCAAACACGCUUAAAACCAACCGAAUCAAUGAUAAAACUUCAAUCACGAUAUGGUCGAUCACUUCCACGUACGUUAAAUGGGAUUAAUCCAAAAGAAACAUCCGCAAAUUUUUUUACUGUAAAUCAUAAUAGUAGGAAAAAAGAUGAUUUCGUAUUACCACGAAUACAGCAACCAUUUCGCUUUUAA